UGGUAUCAUCGGCGACAACGCUCGCUGGAGCGCUCAGUCCAACUCUCGUGUCGACUGAGAGACCUGCGACAAACUUUCUCAGUUUGCUAGACUCCUCGUCUCCUCGGAGUGGAGGAGGUGUGAGAGGGUGCUCGUGCGCGGAGGAGGGCGCACCGGGACGGUAUUUUGGUCGAUCUGACGGAUUCCGCGGCGACGCGAGGUGUCACGCAGGAGAGACAGUCAGUCGCCCGGUGUCGAGCGGGGCUCGGAGAGCAGCGGACGCUGAGGAGGACGGAUCGGUCCCGGAGGAGACACGGUGGUCUCUGGUGUCGACUGCGGUGGAUUAUUGACUAACUGGUGAUUCGUGACUAGUGACUGGAAAAUCGAGAUUGCUGACUGGUGCUGCUGAGGCGAGAAUAUCUGAAAUCGACUUGAGAUACCACUGCACGCUUGUGGAACACUUACAUCAGUGGCCCGCGGGGCACUACAUCAACUACUGGUGGACUGGAUCGGAAUCAAGAUCAUUCAGAAACCAAUCACUGGUGACGGACUGAGAACUUCAGUGCCCAGUGCAAAGUGUAACGAACUACGGAGAACAGUAACCAGGGACUGAUCGGUGACGUACUCAGCUUCGUGAAACUGGCUAGCAUUUUACGCAUAGUAUCAACAAUGAAAUUGAAAUCCGUUUAAUUCGAGGGUGGUUCAAGACCAAUGUUUGGUCGCUUAUUGUAGAGUGUAAUUAUGAGGAUUAUGUAAGCGAGAUUUUAGGCUCGCUCAAUGCUGGAAAACUUGUGCUGUUAGACACAUAUUUUCAUGAGUCUAGUCUGUACGAAUAGCCUUUCAUUUGUGCACUCUGCUUUCGCGAAGUAACUCGACUGUUCUGUUAUCAAUCAAGCCAGGAUAAUCCUCCAAAAUGGCUGUGUUCAGCUCAGGUUACUGCAAGGUCACUGGCCUGGCCAAAGGUCAGCCAGCGCCGUAUUUCAUCCCAAUAAUGCCGGUGCUCUCUCAAAACGAGCAGGCUCAGCUGUUCGGCUGCAGAAUCACCAUGGCUUCUCACAUGGAUCAUAACUAUGUGCCCAUCAUUGAGUUCGGUAAGGGUAAGGGUCUGAGUGUGCAGUCUUGCAAGAUCACUGGGCACGUGGCUGAGAGCAUAUCGCGUCCCGUUCCACUACCCGAGGAGAACACAGAAACCAAACGGGUGCAUCGCCAUCGAAAAGAACUGAGAUACAUGGAACCCUUUCUCAGUCGUCUAGCAAAUCCAGGAGAAAAAGCAGUAAUGGAAUCGUUGGUGGAAAAGAUGAGUGGCGAAACACAACUAGAUCCAUCGCAAUCCUUCGUCUACACUCUGCAUGAUCGGCGAACGGGUAAGGCGGGAAUCGUGGUACCGCACACAUACGAGGAGGCGAUCAGAACCGGUACCAUUGAGAGCAUCAUGUUGUCUGGUGACUCCAACAGUCUGGUAGUGCGCCUACACGACGGUCCCAUGUGCACGAUUCCUAUGGAUAAGAUGAGUAAGCCCCAGAUCGAGAGGAUGGUGGAGGAUGAUAUGUUGUUCGAUGGACAGGGUCCCGACCGGGAGGUGAUCGAGGCUCAGAGACGUGAGAAGGCCGCCAAAGAGCAGGAGAACAGAGACCAGAUGGCGCUUUACCUGCAUGAAAUGGAGAAAAAGAGAGCUGACCGAGAGAAACGCAAGCAAGAGAAAAUGAAGGAAAUGAUGAUGAAGAAGAUGGCCGAAAACGAAGAGGCAGAGCGGCGGCAGAGGGAGACGGACGAGGAAAUAAAAAGGCAGUAUGAAGAAGCAGCAAGGGUGAGGGCCGAAGCGGAGGCCGCAAAGGCUGCUGCGAGAGAGGCCAAACUGGCAGAGAGGGAGCGAAAGGACGCGGAAGCAAGAGCCAGACGAGCUGAGGAAUUGGCGCGUGAAGCAGAAGAGAAGGCUCGCCAAGAAGAGGAGAGGAUGAGGGCUGAAGAAGAAGCCAGGAGAGCAGAAGAGGAAGCAGCUGCUGCCGCACUGGCUAACGUUAACCCCGCUGAUAUGUCAGUUAAUGAGCUCUUAGAACACAUGAGAGAGCAUGACGGAGACAAGGAACUACUCCAAGAAAUGGAAGAGGCAGCAAAUACAGGAAUGUCAUCUAAACAAAUUGUCGAAAUGAUUUCGAAGACCGCGAUGGAAGCAAUUGAGGAGCAAUUCGCUGAAUCCGAGGAAGAAGAUGAAGAUGAAAAUGAGGAUACUGAGGACGAGGAAAGUGAAUCAUACGAGUUGAGCGAUGAUGAAGUUAAGCCCCCAGAAGAUAAAUCUAAGGAACCUCCGAGUAAUGAAUUGCCAACGACAUCUGCUGAACCGAUUCAAGAAGUCGUGAAUGACCCUGAGCCAACGGUUGAACCACAGGAGCAGCCAAUCCUUCCAGAAUUGUCUGAAGAAGAAAAAGAACAAUUGGAGGAGGAAAGACGACUAGCAGAAGAGCAAAAACGUCGUGAGGAAGAAGAGGCUGAACUGCUAAAGCAGCAAAUGGAAGAGCUUCGUCAAGAAGAACUAGAAAGGAAAAGACUAGAAAGGGAGGCGAAACGUCUGGAGCGUCAGCGUAAAAGAGAAGAACAAGAAGCAAAAGAGGAAGAAAAGAGACUUGCAAAAGAGGCGCGAGAGCAGAAAAAGCAGGAAAUGUACGAAAGGAUGGCAGCAAUACGAAAGGCAGACGCAGAAGAAGAAGCUGAACGAAUGAAGAAACCGGAAAAGCGAGAGCCUCCGGUUAUUGAAAUAAAACGUGGAAGGCCGGCUACAUCCGAUGAGGCGCACGAGGAUGCCAAUACUAGUGAGGAUGACCAGGACAAAGAAGAGAUGGCAGAAGAAGAGGACGAUGCAGAAGAGGAAGAACAGGAGGAGCUAACAGAAGCUGAUGAGAAAAUGACAGAUCAUGAGAUGGAAGAGGAAUGCUAUGAAGAUGAAGAGUCACUAGCAAAGACAGACCACGGGCAUGGAUACAUGCGACCUGAACAGGAAGAGGUCAGUGAGGAUGACAGCAGUGAAGGGAUGGGAGAUGUUAGCAGUGAUGAACUUUCUGAAGAUGAGUCUACGAUAGUUUCCAACAAAGCGGCACCCGGUCCCCUUAUGAAAACUGGCGUCAAGCAAUAUCAAGAAUUGGCCUCGUCUAGCUGCUCCGAGUCUGAAAGUGAGAAUGAAGUGCAAAAUGAACUAGGUGAAGAGUCUGCCACUCAAAAACACGCGAUCAGCAAGUCUACCAUCGAAGUUGUUACGAACGGCGAAGAGGAGAGGCCCGUGGAGCAGGAUGUCCAAAAAGCGGAAAGCACGACAAAGUUGGCUGCUGACGAAAAUGUCUUGGAAAAUCUAACAGACAAGAAUGUGGAGGGUGAAGAAGAAGCACACCAAGCAGAACCUAACCGUCAGGAAGAACUUGAACGAAAACGCUUAGAAAGAGAGGCGAAACGUCUGGAGAGACAGCGUAAGCGAGAAGAACAGGAAGCUAAGGAAGAACAAAAACGUUUAGCUAAGGAGGCUCGUGAGCAAAAGAGAAAUGAGACAAAUGAGCGCAUGGCAGCGCUCAGAAGAGCCGACGCGGAAGAGGAGGCUGAACGAAUGAAAAAGCCGAACAAAGAAGUAACUGACGUUGAAAAGGAGAAACGAGGAAAAGAAGCGAAAUCAAGUAAAGCAGUGCCAACAAAGGCCACCAAAGGUCAGAAAGAAAGUGAAAUUACGAAAUCAGGUGCCACAGGUACAGUCACUCCCGAAAGUAGUAGAAAAACGACGUCGCACAAGGCGAUGUCCUCCGAAGACAAUGGCGGCAGCAAGAGACGAGAAGCUAAGAAAUCAGAUGGUACAGAGACAACCGCCGCUCAAGGUGAUAGAAGAACGAUAUCACACGAUCCGAUGUCCUCUAAGACAACUGAAGGCCACAAAGGUAGAGCGUCUAGUAAAUCAAGUGACAUCGCGACGCCAACUGAUCAAAGAAGCAGAAGAAAUAAAGAAACUGAUGUUAUAAAGGACGAGUCUGGAAGUUGCGAAGAGGUAACAGACUCAAAUUCAUCGAAAAAGACAAAGAAAACUAAAGAGGAUGAGGAAGAAGAAGAGAUUUCCAUUCAGAAAGACCUAGAAACAAAACGCCAAGAAAGAGAAGCGAAAAGGCAAGAACGACAACGCAAGCGGCAACAACUGGCAGCAAAAGAAGACGAAAAGAAGUUGGCCAAAGAAGCUCGGCAACGAAAAAUUAAAGAGAAUAGUGAACGCAUGGCGGCGCUACGAAAGGCGGACGCCGAAGAGGAGGCGAAUAAAGUGAAACGAAGGCAGAAUGGAGCACCGACAGCUUCUGAAGGUCGCAAGAAACGUCCGACGAAGCUGCAACUUCCUAACGAUGGUGAGUCAGCCGAGUAUGUGAUCCAGACCGAUGAUGGUCGAACUGUGGUCAAUGAGGAGGAAUUGGACGAAACUAGCGUGAUCGAGGGACGCAUCUCCCCGGACUGCAAGACUGGGAAGUCCAAGCUCACUCCAGGACGCGUGCUGCGCACCGACAAGGGAAUCGAGUUCGUCGCUGGAAGAAUAAUGAACACGAAUGAUGGAGAAGAGUUCGUGCCAGGAAAGGCAGUUGAUCUACCAGCCGGUGCGAAAUUUGUUCCUGGACAGACAGUGUCGACGAAACAUGGGCCGCAGUUUGUGGCUGGGAAAACCGUAGGGGAGGGAGUUGAUGUCCAGUUUGUGCCCGGCCACGUCGUGAACCUUGGUGGGAAAAUAGGGGAGGUAUUUGUGCCGGGUCAAGUGAUGCACACAGAUCAAGGUCUCAAAUUCAUACCCGGCUCGGUGUACAAAACAGCAGCUGGUCCCUUGUUCGUGCCAGGUAGGGUUAUCGACGGCCAGUUCAUGCCGGGUCAAAUUGUCGAAACAGAAACAGGGCCACGAUUUAUAGCACCCGAUGCUGAUCCCGAACCUGAACAAGAGCUCAUCACCUACGUUGUGCAAAGCUUCGACCUGGACCCGCUGGAGCUAGACCUUGUGCAGUAUCAAUACCACUCGCCUGAGCCGUCCCCGACGUUUGAGGGCCAAACGAUUCGUGAAUCGAUCGACCUGCUGCAACUGGCCGCCAAGGGCCAUCGUGCCAAAAUGCUCCCGGCGCCGGUUGUGCGGCCGCCCCCGCCUCGAUCAAAACGUCAGGUUUACGAGUCGGUCAGCGCCACCCUGCUCGACUGCAUUGCCCGAGUGGCGAGAGCGUCGGUCGGCGGCCGGCCGCCGCCAAAGGAAUGUCUUCGGCAGGAGGCCAAGCGCGUGCAGCGCGUGCUUGCCGAUGAUCUGAAUAACCCGGUGCCACUAUCGGAUGUCACGGCCUUUCUGAAGCACUGUUUGGCACUGCCCAGUCCGUGUGACGAGGUCGCCCAGUGGACAGACGGUCUCUUUGGCUACAGCGAAGAGGGGGUGUUCCGGCCGCUGCAGCCUAUGGUCAACAGGAAGCUCAGUCGCAAGGUCUCACUACAGAAGACGCUCACGGAGGUCGCGCGCCAGGUGCCUGUGGAACUGGAUCGUGCGGUGACGCAGGAUAAUGUGCUCUCUGGUCUAGCGAAUCUAACUAAAAAGGAGAUGCCGCGCCGCACUCAUGUGGAUGACCAGCGUGAGCGAUGGCAGGAGAUGGUCAGUGCCAUCAUCCUCACCUCAGGAAAGGUGAUCCUGAACGACGUCUUCAACUCAGUGGCGUACGGUGAUGAGGACUUUGUGCGAGUGGUGCUGCAGGAGGUUCUCCCAACUGUCCCCGAUCUGGUGUCUGACCCUGCGGCCGUGUCAGCCCUGGAGCGCAGCAUCCACCGCUAUGUAAUGACCAUCACUGAGCGGCGCCUGGACAGCGUGGUCACCGCCUGCCGCGACCCGACGCCGCUGCAGCGCGCCGGCCUCUCCCAACACGUCCUCCUGAAUGAGGCGGUCGGCCUGGCGGGACUGGAGGGAGAGACAGCCGCCGGCCGUCUCCUGCGCCAGUGCGUGGCCUCCCCCGCACUGGCGCUGCUGCUGCCACUCCACUCCAACUGUGCGCAGCUGCUGAGGACCGUGCUGAUGCUGCACACGCUGGCGGAACACGACGAGCGCCGCCAGAGCUACCUCCACGAUCUGGCAAAGUACCCCAGCGUACUUCGCGAGAACCUGCAAUGGGUGCGCUUCCUCUCCGGAGCCAAACUCGUCUCGGAACACGACCGUCCAAAACGUCGCCGGCUCCACAACGCUGCCUGCAUCCCCGGAGAGGUGCUGCAGCUUCUGACGCGCGAACCGUCCGCUGGUCUGGAGGCUGCCAUCCAUGAGAUCGUGGCUGACUCGGCUCGACACGUAUACGCCAUCGAGGAGGGACAGCCGCGUCCGCCAGUUGUCAUACUGAAGCAGCACUUUGAGGGUAUUAUCCCUCGCGAUCAGGCGCGCGAUGUCAUCAACGGUGGCGUGCAGUACCUGCUGGUGGACGAGACCGGUGUGCGAAUGUUUCGAGUGGGUGAGGUGGAGCCGCACCGCGAGGAGAGACUCAGAAGGGCCUCGCAGUGGGCGCAGCGAGAGGUCACCGGUGAUAAUGUGCCAUGCGGUGACAUUACUAACGGAACAGCCGACAUAGGCAACGGAGAGGAGACGCCAGCCCCCACCAAGACAAAGGUAAAGUCCAAAUCUGAUAAGGUGGAGGUUGAAGAGAAGGGAACAGCGUCGGGCGUCAAGGGUAAACCUCCGUUGGCAGGAAAAACGGUUAAAGGCUCUGGUGGGAGGGCGAGGAAAGUCGGACUAGGGUCGGGAGGUCCUCCUACUGAGGUGAUAAAAGCUGAUAAUUCGACUAAAAAGCCGGAAGAACCUGAAUCAGAAGCUGCUGACUCAAAAAGUAUCAACACCAACGACGUAGUUGGUAAAGCUGACGAGACAAAAAAUGAAGUGAGCUCUAUAAAAGAAACAACAGAUAUCAGCCCAAUUCUGCCCACUGAUACAGAUCCGGUAAAUAUGAAGUCAAAACAGCCACCAGCGAACCUCCCCGAGAAGGCUGAUUUACCAACAAAAGUCGAAAGCGUAUAGGGUGCACAAUUGAACAUGAAUGCUAGAAACUGAGGAUGCAUGUUUUCAUACGAUUAUUGCGUACUGUAUAUUCGUUAUUUUGUUGAGAUCUUAGAUGCGAGACGCUUUUGUGUUUAAUCGGUGUGUCUAAAACAUAGAUGAGUGCGGCUGUUGUUAAAAUAGACGCGGAGACAGCACUGU